GAAAUUCCAUUGGACGAAAGCGGCCUUUGGCGACGUGACGCAGCUCGGAAUUCCCAAAGUUCCCAAGUUCACGGGAAGAGAGGAGCGUUGUUCACACUAAAAAAACAACACGUUUUCAAGGGGAAAAAACAGCAAGCGACUGAGGUGUAAACAAGCCGGAAAAUCCUAAAGCUGAGUCUGCACCGUGCAGUGCCAAGUUGAGCCUGACGAGGGCGAUGUCUGACCACAGCAGCAGCACCGGCAGCAGUGGCUCCUCUACCAACAGCUGGACCCUCCUCUCCCCCGAGGAGGCUGCUAUUGAGAAUGUCGGGCCAGUAGAUGACGGCACUGAGAGCCUGGGUGACGUCCCGAGUCUCUCUGAGGAUGUGACAGGAGCUGCUGCGAGCGACAUUCCAGUAGAAACCAUCCUGUCUGAAGAAGGCCAUCAGCAUGAAUGUACAGACAAUGUGACAGUAUUCAUUUCCAGCGUGUGUCAAGAGACCUCUCCAGAGUCCAGUGAGGGUCCCAUACCGUCUAGUCCAACCAGGAUGAGUCCCCUCCCAGCCGACCUCAUCGAUCCUCCUGACCUGGACCUGGAGAGUCAGCCUCCAGUCAUCCAUGACAUUGUAACCAGCUCCCCGAGUGACAAUGAGCACCUGGGAGCCACACCCUUUGUCACCAACAUUGAUUCGGGGGCUCUGCUCGAUAUUGCUGACGCGGAUUUCCUGACAGCUGAGCCCGAGGAAUCCUGCUCCACUCCUCCUCUGACUGAGAUCCACGCCGAUACAGAACAAGUGCUUGACACGUCUGCUGACAUUGGGCCGAAUCCUGUCUUCGCUGCUGAACCUGAGGUCAACGUCCCUGCGGAGACCCUUACAGCCACCGAGCCUCCCUCUUGUGUUGAUGAGCCACCAAGCCAAGUUCCAGAGAGCCUGUGGACCGAGAGCCCCGCCAAUGGUAGUCCUGCACCAGAGACUGUUGGUUCAGUAGAGGCAGAGGAAAAGGAGGAGGAGGAAAAGGAGGAGGAGGUGGCGGCUGUGGAAAAGGAGGAGAUGGAGCUGUCCGAGACAGUGACCCAGUAUGAGAGAGAACAGGAAGAAGAAGAAGAAGAAGAAGAAGAAGAAGAAGAAGAAGAAGAAGAAGAAGAAGAAGAAGGGAGAGAGUCAUCCAGCACUUUUGAUUUGGGCGACACAUCCAACUUUGAUGAUGGACUGAGGAGGAGGAAUGCCCCUUCCUUUGAGGCGCCGAGGCCAAGAACAUCUGAUGAGGAAGACGACGAAGAGGAAGUGGAGUUCAAGCUGGCAGAGAAAAAAGAGGAAAAGCCAUGGUUCUCCUUGAACAAAUGCAUUGUGGGUUCUCUGAUCCUGCUCUUCUUAGGUUCCCUCUUCCUCUCAGGUGACUUUGACGCCUCUGAACUCAGUGAUGGAGAACAAAACCAGGACUGGCUUAGCAGUGAUCCACAGGAUAUGAAAGAGCUAUUGGAUAAAUUGACACAGGAAAACCAGCAGAUCACUCAGCUAGAGGCUCAACUACAGUCUCAGAAAGAAAAACUGGACUCGGCGCUGAAGGCCGUCGCAGCCAGCGGAGAUGAAAAGGGUGAAGCAGAUCUGCAUCAAGAGAACGUCAAGCUGAAGGAGGAGCUGUUAUCUCUGCCUGAGCUGAAGAAAGAGCUGGAGAGCCUGAGGACCAGGGUGACCGAACUCAGCCAGCUCUCAGCCGAUCAAGAAAGGCCCCCUGCUACCUCAAGCUCCGGCCCUCAGCCAGGGGACAAAGAUGGUCAGAGUAACAAGGAAGCUGCUGGACUUGAGAGCAGGAAGGACACAAAUAAGGGAGGACGGCUGAAGGAAGAACUCCAGAGGCAGAAAGUUCUUCUGGAGGAGAGCAAGAAGAGACUGCAAGGGAUGAAGAAAGAUGGAGGCGAGAGGAAACGCGUGAGGGAUAGUUUGGAAGAGAUCCAGAAGAAGCUUUCUGAACAAGUUGAGAGGUGGGGUAAGAAGAAGACACAGGAGGCCAAAUGGAAAGGGAACAAGGGCAAAAACAAUGAGCGGGACCACUGGAAGAAAGAGGUAAAGAAAGAGUCGAAGCGCAGCAAAGAGGGUGGAUGGAGAGACAAAGAAGAGAAGAAAGAGAAGGAGUGGAAGUCUCCGAAGCAGAACUCUCACAAAGAGGCGUGGAGGAAACACCAGGACGAGUGGGAGAAGAAGAAGGACGAGCGCAGAAUGGACAGAGAGGAGAGGAGGAAGGAGAAACCGUGGCCUGGCAAGGACUCCCACGACCACCAUCAGCACCAGCAUCACCACCACCAGCCCCGUCAGCCCCGCCAGUGCAAACACAACGACUUCUGGAGGGAACAAGAGCAAAAGAUGAGACGCAACAUCCGCACCCAGCCGGGCUGCAGCUCCGUGGAGGACUGCGCCAACAAGGAGGGGCUCUACCCGGUGGAGCUGCCCGAAUUUGAGGAGCUGCUGGAGGGCUAUCUGAGCAAGCUGGAAGGAUCCUCGUCGGAGAACAAAGACAAGAUCCGGAAGCUGACGGCUGGGUUCUUCGAGGACGGCGGGUUCAUCCAUGACAGGGUUCUGUUCAGUGACUUUGUUGAAGACGUGGCGGACAUUCUGGAAGACAUGGCGGACCUUCUGGAGGAGAGCGGCCACAAGGACGACGACUCCCUGGAGGGGGAGAUGGAGGAGUUUGAACGAGAAGCCCUGUGGAAGUUUUCAGCCGCAGUUUAAAUAGACAUCGAGGGGAAAAGGAGUGAAAUAAAACGCUAGGAUACAGCACAAAUGGUGUUUUUAUAUGACAUUUCUUGCCUACAUUCUCCUCUUCAGAGAUGUAAUUGUAGUAGCUUCUGGCACAGAGUGGCCGUGCCUCUCAUACAUGUCCCUCCGAGUCUUUAAUUAUAAGCUAGACUUGUACUUGUCAUUUUGGACUUAGCUGUCGUUACCUACCACUGUCAGGUUAUGCCUCCUCAUGCAAGGUCGUUCAGUAAUGUGUGGUGUGGUUUCUUCCUCUGCUGUAUAGUGUUUUCUCAAUAUGUAGCGCAUGUUGCAGUUCACCAUGUAAAUUCCAACUGAUAAUAUUUAGAACACACACAAAAGGAACGAGGGCUUUAAGGAGAUGGUCCAUAUAUGUCAUAUAUUAUAUGAGUGUUGAUGUUACAUACUCCUCUCUGUCAUUUGACUGUGAACUCAACCUGCCGGCUUCUCCGAGCAGGUUCAAACAAAUGCUGAGAACGUUUUUGCAGAAACAGACCAUUUGCCCGCAGUCCAAUCCCAGAGGAUGGGAUCCCGUUUCUCUCACAGAUAAGAACCAGAUCAGGUCAGACCAGUUUUGCGUCAGCAGCUCUUUAGUAGAUUUGGGCAAACACACACAGAGUGCGGUUCGAGAGCCCUGAGCGUUUGGCAUCUAGACGUGACAGACUUCUCAACCCCCAACCCCCAACUGUCAGUUGACAGCAUUUGUGCUGAACAACCAUGGGAACUGUUUUGGGAGACGUCAGAGCUGCUUAAAAAAGAAAAGCAGUAGUGAUGGUAGCUAAAUCUGCUAAACCUCGUUAGCACUUUUCAAAAACAUUCACAUUUACAACAAAAACAAAAUGUGUCACGUGUUUGUUUUUUUAGACCAUUAGUUGUAAUGUAGCCAUGGGGACCUCUAGCACAUGAUCUGCAUAUACUGGGUAUCCCAGAGCAAAAGUUAUAAUUACUACACCUUAAAUGAGAUUGGCAACCAAAUCAGUAGAUAUUGUAUUCUCCAUUUCCUCUUAUUUUGUCAGCAGGUUGAUAUUAGCUGACAUGAACAAGGAAUUAGGUCAAAAUAAAAAAUAAAAUAAAAAAAUUAGGAAGCGGCUGCAUUUAGUUUUUUCCAAUUUUAAGUUAAAUGAGCCAGGCCAAAGGUAAAACAAUUUUUUUUGAAAAGAUGCAAAGCAAAGUCUAUAUGUAUUGCAGAUCUGCUCCUGGCUAGUUUGAGUUGUUCUAAUUUUGGUUUUAUGUUCUAUCCUUUAGGUGGAUGUGUUAAGUUAAAGUCGACAGAUUGCGAUUGUUGGUUCUCAUUUUUCAGUGAUUGAGAGAAGCUUUAGAGUUCAUGUUUAAUUAUUCUGUCAGUACUCUUUUCCUUCUUUCUCAUGAGACUUUGACUCAGGCCAUACAUGUAGAUAGUGGAAAUGGACAGGUUUCAGCUUGUUUUCCAAAAUGUAGUUUGCCAGCUACUGCUUAUGUGCCUUUAUUAUUAUUAUGAAUAUCUUCGAGGUCUAGGAUUUAAUUUGCUUCUGCAAGAUAAAGAAGAAAACAAGUUUACACAGCUUGCAAUUUGACUGCUUUUUAUAGGACAUACUGAAUGUCACAGGGUUUACACAUUAAGUGUGGAAGGUUUUUUACACCAAAGCUAUUGGAAGAAGGCUCAAUUUCAACAGAUGAAUCAUUAAACGAGUAUUUCUGUCUUUUUGGGAAGACUUACAUUAAUGCUCGCUGGCUCAGAUGUGCAUGUAAUUGAUCAUUAGACAUACUGUAUGUAUUGAAUAAUUACAUUAAUUCAUCAUCAGUUAUGUCCUCUUAAUGUCAGUACUAAGUUCAAUACAUGUUUCACCAUUAAAUGUGUAUAUUUUGUCUUUAUUGAAAUGCUUCAGUUGAUUCAUUUAUUACACGGAGACAAUAAAACAGCAUCGCAGAAUA